CUACCUACCCGCAGCCUCCGGCACUUUGUUCGCCCUCAGGCUAUGUCAACGGCGGCGGCGGGGGGAGGCUGCAAUCGCUUAUCCUUGUCUAUGGCUGUCAGGCCCACCAAGGUCAUCGCACGUCUGUCUCGGUGUAGGUGCACAAGAGGUUUCCGAUCUGAACCCAAUUACGCUCAUGUGCAGAGGCUAUUGGGAGGUACCCCCGCAGCACUCAGUACACCUCGCCAGCUUGUAGAGUACCUGGAUGAAUAUGUCGUUGGCCAGGAGUACGCGAAGAAGGUACUCUCGGUCGCGAUGUUCAACCAUUACAACAGAGUUCGCUCCAACCUUUCAGCUUCACGCGCAGAAUGGGCUCUAACGGACGACUUUGUUGAUGCUACGACUGCUGAGCAAAACGCUAGCGGAAUCAGCUCAGCAUGUCUACAUCCACAUCCAUAUCGUAGACGUAGCAGACAACACUAUCUUUCCGACUCUGGGCUCCCUCUUUUCGAGAAAAGUAAUGUUCUAGUCAUUGGUCCCACCGGAUCAGGCAAGACUUUACUCGCUAAGACGUUAGCCCGUAUCAUGGAUGUGCCUUUCUCGAUCAACGAUGCGACAUCUUUCACCCAGGCUGGUUACGUUGGAGACGAUGUCGAUGUCUGCAUAACUCGCUUACUCCAAGCUGCCGACUGGGAUCCGCAACGAGCCAGCACAGGUAUAGUGUACAUAGACGAGGUGGACAAAAUCAGUCGGAAGGCCGGAUCAUCUGGCGGCUUAGAGGGUUCACGGGACGUUGGCGGAGAGGGUGUGCAACAAGCACUUCUCCGGAUGAUGGAAGGCUCCAUUGUCAGCGUGCAAAACAAAGGGCCAACCUCCGGCGUUAAGAGCAUGGGCAAUUCGCCGAAUACCGAGAGCAACGGGCGUUCAUUAAACGGGCCUCGACCCAGCAUAGGAUUAAGCAAUACAAAACCCGAUACGUAUCACAUAGACACGUCCAACGUUUUGUUUAUACUCAGCGGCGCCUUUGUUGGCCUCGAGAAAAUAAUCAAGAAGCGCACAGAUAAGGGUUCGAUCGGGUUCACAGCGACACUCUCGGAAUCGGAGGACAGGACCAACGAGUUCAUGCCCUUCUUCACCAGAAACCAAAAGGUGAAGAAUACUUCAUUGGCCCAAGUCGAGCCUUCAGAUCUCAUUCAAUUUGGCUUCAUCCCAGAAUUUGUCUCGCGGUUACCAUGCAUUGCGACUCUUACACCGUUGACACCCUCCGACCUGCGUCGCAUUCUCACUGACGUACGGGGCUCUCUCGUCUCUCAAUACACUGCGCUUUUUGCAUGCUCCGACGUCGAAAUUCGAUUUUCUUCCUCUGCCUUGGAUGAGAUAUCCCGCAAAGCAGCAGAAAGAGGUGGUGGAGCGAGGGGUCUGAGAGGCAUCAUGGAGAACUUAUUGUUAGAGCCAAUGUACGAGGUGCCAGGUUCUGACGUCCGAUACGUCCUCAUAACAGAUCAAGUUGUCAAAGGAGAAGGUCGACCACGGUAUUGGACUCGCGGACAGGGCGCUUCGUUUUGGAACGCAUGGGCAGACGACGAAGGGCGUUCGCGGACAUGAUAGGCGAUGGCCUUGGUCCGUGUUGGCUCGUUGUUCAGCAAGCAUUCGUGACCAUCGUAUGCGGCUUCACCUUGUACACACACAUUACAGCUGGAACACAGGACUGCUACAUCUACCCAUCCUCUCAGUCCACUACAGAUGACAAUUGUUUACAUGGUGGGGUGUAUGAGGGUGAUCCAAAAUCAACAAAGAAACACGCGAAAUCCCGACCGGAACGACGACUACUCUGCCUUCGGAGGCUCAUCAUCCUUCUUCUCUUCAGAGGCCGGAACCGGCUCCUCGGACUUCGUGUCCUCAGGUUUGGCCUCCUCAGGUUUGGUCUCCUCGGUCUUAGCUUCUGCGGCUUCCGCUGUGGCUUCUUCAGGGUUCUCGGCGGAUGAUGAGGCAGCGUUGGCGGCGUUCUUCUUCUGGGCGUCCUCGAACGCGGUCUUGAACUGGCCGGCGUUGUCCGCGUUCGCGAAUCGGAUUGCCAGUGUUUCUGACGUUGCGGGAGUUUCUGCAUAGUCAGCGGCGACCUUCCAGACCCAGCUUCGGUCUGAACCGAUGUUCGGUUGCAGGCGCAUGUCCGACGAAAUGAUGUGGUUAGCGCAGACUUUCAGAGUCUUAUCGCGGCGCAUCACAAGACGGAUCUUCUUGGUCUCUUUGUGCUCAAGAAGACGAACAUCGCCGGUGCCGCGUUCCUUCCACUCGGAAGAGCCGGUGUCGAAUCGGAACAGCUUGGCGCGCAUUUUGAAGAUGGGCUCUUCAUCCUCCUCAAAAGUCUUCGUCUCAACUUGCUCGGUGAGCUUGAUGACGGGUUCGAAGUGUACGUCGGUCUCCUCCUCCCUCGGUGCAAGCGCGUCAGAUACAGGUUCGGACAUGUUUGGCGUUGCGAUGUUCGAGAGCAAAAGUGCA